UCCCGCGGAUGGAAACGAGAUUUUGGCGGCCAAUCACUUUUGAGCACAACAGCUGCUGGGGUUGUAGCCGAGUGACGAACUUUUACGCUGCAGGUUUAUUUCUAAACAGUAUUUCUCAACAGCUGACGAGAAGUCAUCACCAUGAACACCCUGAACCAACAGUAUGAGGAGAAGGUGCGUCCCUGCAUUGACCUCAUAGACUCUCUUCGCUCUCUCGGUGUGGAGAAGGACCUGGCGUUGCCUGCUAUCGCCGUGAUAGGAGACCAAAGCUCGGGGAAAAGCUCUGUGCUGGAGGCGCUGUCAGGGGUGGCUCUACCAAGAGGAAGUGGAAUUGUGACAAGAUGUCCUCUCGAACUGAAAAUGAAAAGAAAAAAAGAAGGAGAGAGGUGGCAUGGAAAGAUAAGCCACCAAUACUAUAGGGAAGAGAUUGACGACCCAGCAGAUGUGGAGAAAAAGAUUCGAGAAGCUCAGGAUGAACUGGCUGGGGUCGGUGUGGGGAUCAGUGACGACCUGAUCAGUCUGGAGAUCGCCUCUCCUGAUGUUCCAGAUCUGACACUCAUUGACCUGCCUGGCAUCGCCAGGGUGGCUGUAAAAGGACAACCAGAGAAUAUUGGAGAUCAGAUAAAGAGACUGAUCCAGAAGUUCAUCAAAAGACAAGAAACCAUCAGCCUGGUGGUUGUUCCAUGCAACGUGGACAUAGCAACCACAGAGGCUUUGAAGAUGGCACAGGAGGUGGAUCCUGAUGGAGAGAGGACUUUGGGUAUCUUGACCAAGCCUGAUCUGGUGGACAAAGGCACAGAAGAGACAGUGGUUGACAUUGUCCAUAAUGAGGUCAUCCACCUGAAGAAGGGCUACAUGAUCGUCAAGUGCAGGGGUCAGAAAGAGAUCCAGGAGAAGGUGUCUCUGACUGAAGCAAUGGAAAGAGAGAAAGCCUUCUUCCAAGAUCAUGUUCAUUUCCACACUCUCUAUAAUGACGGCCAUGCCACCGUUCCUAAACUGGCUGAGAAGCUCACACUUGAGUUGGUGCAUCACAUUGAGAGAUCUCUGCCUCGACUAGAAGAGCAGAUAGAAGAGAAACUAGCACAGACUCAGGCAGAGAUGGAGAGAUAUGGCAAUGGGCCGCCAACUGAUGCAGCUGAGAGACUCGUCUACCUCAUUGAUAAAGUGACAGCAUUCACCCAAGACGCCAUCAAUCUGGCUGCAGGAGAGGAGCUCCAGUGUGGAGACAAACUCAAUGUCUUUUCCACACUCAGAAGAGAGUUUGGGAGGUGGAACAUCCACUUGGACCAAUCAGGGCUAAACGGUAACAAAAGAAUUGAUAGAGAAGUGGAGGAGUAUGAAGAGAGGUACCGUGGGAGAGAGCUGCCGGGCUUCAUCAACUACAAGACCUUUGAGGUCAUGGUCAAGGAGCAGAUCAAACAGCUGGAAGAACCAGCUGUCCAGAAACUCAAGGAUAUUGGAGAUGCUGUUAGGAAGGCCUUCAUACAGCUGGCCCACAGUAGCUUCAUUGGAUUUCCUAACCUCAUGAAAACAGCCAAGGCAAAGGUUGAAGCCAUUAAACAAGAAAAAGAGUCCACUGCAGAGUCCAUGCUGAGAACCCAGUUCAAGAUGGAGAUGAUGGUUUAUUCCCAGGACAGAACCUACAGCAGCAGUUUGAGUGACAGAAAGAGAGAGGAGAAGGAGGAGAAGAAAGGGGAUGGACUCUUGGCACUUCUUCAAUUAUAUGACAGGUUUCUUUUGUCUGAUGGAGAUGAUUGUUUACUGCUGAACUCCAAAGCCUACAGCAGCAGUUUGAGUGAGAGCAAGAGAGAAGAGGACAAGGAAGAUGUUGAUAAUAAUCAUGAAAGUAAAACCUUUCUAGUUGAUGAAUGUAUCAGAACACACAGCAUGGAUUGUCAUGCAACAUUUCAGCAGCUAAAGUUGCAUCUGAAGUCCUAUUACAAAAUUGCCAGCCAGCGUCUGGCUGACCAGAUCCCGCUGGUGAUUCGCUACCAGAUGUUGCAGGAGUCUGCUGUCCAGCUGCAGAGGGAGAUGCUGCAGAUGCUCCAGGAUAAAGAGAAUGUGGAGUUCUUGUUGAAGGAGGACUUUGACACUGGCAGCAAGAGGGCUGCUUUGCAGAGUUGCCUCAAACGCCUCAUGAAGGCCCGCACAUACCUGGUGGAGUUCUAGAGGAGGUCAAAGCCAAAUGGAAUGAUUUUGUUUUUUAACAGACAUUCAUGUUUGUGGAGUGAGUAUAUUAUAUGCUUUUGCCAGAUGAUUAACCCUUUCGUGCAUAGUGGUUACUACAGUGGACAGCUAUUAAAAAGCUGUUUUCUUGUAUAUGCAUGGGUUUUGGUGGUAGAACAUAAAUUUAGCAAAACCAAGAUGGCCAACGGAUGGCCAGAAAUGCUGAGCAGCUCAGGAGUAUCUUGCCAAUGCUUCUAUAGAAGGAGACUCCUGCAGGUAAAAAAAUUGGUAUCAUCUAAGGAGUAAUACUAUUGUUAAAAUUUCCACUGUCACUGGCAGUGUGUCACCUCUGGAUCACUGAUCCACCUUCACACCUUCAACACCAUAUUCACUCAGCCUUUUAUCCUGGGAUUGGGUUUAGGUUCUGGUACAAGUCUAGUUCCUCAGUCUCACUGUGUUUAUUGUAGUAGGAAGGAGCAACCUCCUUGUAGAGAAACAUUCUCAUUGUUGAACAGAUGGUUCAGUUUGUACAUGACAUUAAUAUAACUUAUAAACACAUUUCAAUAUUAUUAUUUUUAAAUUGUUAAUUUUUUUAAACACUAAUAAUUUCUUCCUCUUCCCUUCUGACCAUCAUUAAAAAUAAAAGAGUCACUGUGAAUGUCA